UGCGUGUGUGUGUGUGAGAGUGCGUGACGAACAACAAAAACAACAACAGUAAGAGGAACGGCAAGACAACAGUACAUUCAAAGUCGGUUGCUGCCGCGUUAUAUCCGUUUCCGCUUGCCGCGCCGCGCCGCUCUUUGCGCAUAUCCUGCAAUUACCAAAGAGACUCGAAAAUCGGCUGGAGACGCCUUGAGGAGGCAGCGGUGGCAGUGGUUACACCAUGCACGUACCAACAAUGCCCAAAAGGCGAACGCUGCUGCCCCAACCCAGCCGGGUGACCACCCGUCCAACGCUGCUUCUCCUUUUUCUGCUUCUUCUACUGGCGGCAUCUCAGCCAGCCAAGGCGGCCGGAAAUGAUGCAAUAUCCCCUGCCAGUGCUCGCCGCCAUCGUCAGGCGGAGGCGCCGACGUCCGCUCGGUUAAAACGUGAUGCCAGCACCGAGGACACUGAUUCCAAUGGGAGCCUACCAACAGCUUUAAUGCAGCAGAAUCAGCAGCAGGCUUUCAAGGAUUUUGAUGUAUCCGCUUAUGUGAACGAUUUCAAUUUGCAAGCUGAGGCCACCAUACCCGAGGACAUAUUUGACCAGCAUGAUGGCGACAUUGCUGAGGAUGUGGCCACCCAGCUGCAAUAUGUGGAGCCUGCCGCUGACGAGGAUGACGAGUCCGAUGCGGCAGACAUUAUACUUGAAUCUCAAAGGCCCACUUCAAGGAAUUUCACUGUGUAUCUAGCCAGAGAUGGCAAGGCUGCCAAGAAGAAAUAUCAUAACAACAACGGCAGCAACAGCAAUAGCAAUGACAACAACAGCAACAGCAACAGCAACAACAACAACAAUAAAAGCCAUUACAACUACAAAUUGAAAAACAAUAAAGAGAGCAAGCUGCCGAAGAGUGUGGCGAACAAAGAAGAAGACGAGGAAGACGAUGAUACAGAAGAAGAGACGGCGUCAGCUACAAAAUCCACUUCCGGUGAUGACAACGACAGCAGCAACGAAGAUGGUGACGCAGAUGGGGAUGAGAAUAAUGAAAUGGAAAAUGAGAAGCCGAACGCGAACUUUGGCAGCAAAAGUUUUGCGUAUAAAAAAUUUAGGAACAUGCACGAACAGCAAAAUCAACAGAGUCAAAAGGAGCAGCAGCAGCAGCAGCAACAGCAGCAGCAGCAGGCAAAUGCCAAUGCCAAUUCCAACAGAGCUGGCCAACAGAUGAAGCAGCAACAGAGUGCGGAGGAGGACGCAGAGGAAGCAGACCAGGACCAAACUAAAGAGAAAGAGCAACGGCCAUGGCCAUGGCAACGAGAGCAGCUACAGGAACAAUCGCAAGAGCGGCAGCUGCAGCCGGAGCCGGAGCCGGAGCAGGAGCAGGAGCAACUGUUUGAUUCUAUUGAAAUAUUAAAUGAACGAAAAUGUAAUAAAGCGUCAGGCCAAUCAACGGAGGUUGUGGCCGGCGAGGACAUUAUGGCAAUCGGUGAUAUUGAGGACAAUUUUGGUAAUGAUAAAGCAUUGGCGGAAAGCAUUAAGUCCACAAUUGACAAUGAUGAAUCAGCAGUUGCCAAGGAGGUAACAUCAACAGACCCCCCAUCGGCCACUGACAUCCAAACUAGUCCAAGCAGCAGCAGCAGCAGCAGCAGCACCAGCACCACAAGCAGCGCAGCAAGCAGCAGCAGCGGCAGCAGCAGCAGUAGCAGCUCAAGUAACCGCCACCUAUUGCUACCCAUUGGACGCAAGCAGAAGCGUCAUGGCAACAAGAAUGGGAACACUGCAACAUGGCUUGGUGGCAGAUACUAUGACAAGGAUAACAAUUACGGCAUAGGCCGCAUCCACUCGCAGCCGCAAUCAGGCGGAAAUUUCGAGAUGACAGCCAGUGAUGUGGGUGAGCUUCAUUACUACGAUGGGAAACCGAACUCCAGAAGCAACGAUGGCACCGCAGACAGCGAAGACAGCAAAUCACAGGCCAAUUUCAUGAGCAGCUAUUUUGGAGAGGGAACGAAUGAAACCAAGCAGCAGCAGCAACAGCAACUACAACAGCAACAGCAACAACAGCAACAGCAACAGCAACAACAACAACAUAUGAACGAUGAGCUUGGGGAGAGGCAGUAUCCGCAACUGGAAUCAGAAUCCGCAUUGCGUUAUCGUCCGGAUGCUGCUAUUGCCACCGAAUUGCCAUCGGCCUUUGAACGCUUUAAAGCGCUCCGUCGCAACAAUCACCGCAAUGGGCACAAGUCGCAUAAGAAACGCUACAAGGACUACCUCAAGCAUAGUCCACCGCAGCCCACUUUGACGCCCAAAUAUGCAUUGAAGCUGCGUAAGGAUCGCGAGCAUCGCCAACAUGAACAGGAACAGAAACGGGAACGGAAAGGGGAUCGUGAAGUGGACCAGGACGCGGGACGGGAGAAUGAACAUACCCAUGCGCAUGCUGCGCCCAUUUUUGCAUUGGGCAUGCGACCCAAACCCUUCUACGAGGGCCAGGUCAACUACUACGACCAUCAUCAGCACGUCGGGCAAGAGCAGCAGCAGCAGCAGCAGCAGCAGCAGGAGGGGGAGGAGCAGCUGCAGCCGCUGCAACCAGCAGACAGUCAUCAUACCGAAAUGGAACGUCUCAUUGCCAAUGAUAAUAAUAUUUGGUAUCGUCGCAUUAGUCCAGUAUUGCGCAACGGCGUCAAAAGCAGUGAGUCGCAGCAGCAGCAACUGCAUCAUCAGGCUAAGCAUCAUCAUCACCAUCAUCAUCAUAAUCAUCAUCAUAAUGCAUUGAAGCACCAUCAUCACCAUCAGCAUCAUCAGAAUCAGCAUCAGAAGCAUGGACGACAACGUGCACCGAAUCCCUAUCAGCGAAAGCCACCCACACAAUCCUCGUCACCGGCAACAACACCAGAGCCACCAUUGCCACCGCCAAAGCCGCAAUUGGGCCAUCAGAUUACCGAAUUGGAACAGCUGGAGCGCUAUUAUGCCAAAUGGCCGCAUCUGGCGCGCGUUCAGUUUCAGGUGUAUGAUGAACACUAUCGCGAAUCACAUCCGGAACUUUAUCCCGACUAUGAUGCGGACGAGGAUUAUGAAACAGCAGCGGAAUUGGAAGAGGCACAGCAGGAUCACGGCGAGGAUUCAAAUUUGCCGCCAUAUAUCAAGAAAUACAAUCGACGUAACAAACAGCUGCUGAAUCUGCUCGAAGGAACAUUGCCGCCGCCACCAUCGACCCCCAUCAGCAUGACUCAAUGGAGCAACUCCCAAUUGCAGCCGGGUCUGCACGAAUCAGCCGCCAAUCAGCCACAACAAUCCAUCCGAUUGGAUGAUGAGUAUGUGAAGCAAAAACGUCGGCGCUAUCAGCAGCGCUAUGAUGAUCUAUUUGCCCAACAGCGAGGCAGCACCACCAGCCGAACAGCGAUGACAACGACCCCAAUGCCGCCAACGACAAGUCUGCCGAAUCAAUUGCCCGAGGAGGAGAAGCAAUUGGAUGGCCAUCAGCUCUCAGCUGCCGUUGACUUUUGGCAGCGGGAGAUCGAUGCGGAGACGAAAGUGACGCGAGCAAUGCCAUCAAGUUCCACACCAAAACCGGCGCUCUUUAAGUUACCUCAUUAUCCGGCAAUUACGGGCAGCUUUCUGGGCACGCCGCGCAGUCGCAGCGCACAGUUUGUGGCAAAUGUUGCCGGACGCGGACAGAGCAGCUGGCAUCUGGCAUCUGCCCCAGUUGCUGGUCCAACUUCAGGUCCAGCCGAUGGCGAUCUACCACAGAGCACCACAGCGCAGCCGUCGUCGCCGCUCAACUCAUUUGUUUAUCAUCGCGUCGUGGAUGGCACAGUUGGCGGCUUCUCCUCCCCCUCCUCCUCCUCCUCCUCCGGCUCAUUGUCGUCGUCGUCCUCCUCCUCUGCAGCCGGUCGAAAGCAGCGUUUGCCAUUUGUGGCCAUCACGGAUCGACGGCUAGAGAAUAUCAGCGCACACAAAUUGCUAGCUGAGCGACACAAAGACUUUGAGCAGAAUCACUUUCCGAUGCCUUAAGCCGCUCUACAUUAAACAAAAAACAAAAAAAAAAAAACAAAUAUAUA